GGGCGGAGGAUUUCCACUGCCAAAAGUGCGAGGAAGCACAAGCGACUGCACAAAAAAGCAACCCCUAUAGCAACACGCUUCCAGCCCAUACAGGAGCCCGCAUCCAGACGCCGUCCCUUUCCUGAACACCCUACAGCAAAUCUAGCUGGGCACUUUCGCAUACACAGCGACGUUUUGGGAACACUCCCGCCCGGCGCAUCUCGAAAAGCGGCGAUCGACAAGAUCGCAAAGAGACACUUCGUUGCGCCUGGCUCUCAACACGGCGCCCAGAAGUUGACUGGUAUUACAGUAGAAACGAUGGAUCUCGAUCUAUCUGCUCUGCAAGAAAACAAGAGCAGGCGAUCGCAAUUUUUAGCGGCAACGGCGCUGCCGCUAUGCGAAGAGGAUGGCGAUGAUGGCAGCAGUUCGAACGACCCGAUCGCCGCUCAAGUAUGGAAGAUGUAUACAAAACAGCGCAAAGAUCUGCCGAACGGCGCGCGUAUGGAGAAUCUCACCUGGCGCAUGAUGGCAAUGAACUUGAGAAAGAAGGAAGCUGCUGCGGCUGCUACAAAGAGCGAUGAGAAUGGCAGAUCAAGUACAGGGAAGGCGAUAGCUACAGCGAGCGACGGGAUGGCAAUUCAUGGCAGGGAGGUGGACAUGAUCUUGCCACCGUCGUCUAUGCCGGUCUUCCCACAGGGUGGCUUUGGUUCUGUUCGCCGUCAUGUUCGCAAGACGAGUCUCGAUACAAAGUCCGGCACAAAGCGGCCGGCCGACUUUUCGCCAUAUGUUGGCGCGAUUGACAACACCGAGAUGUUCAUGGAGGACGACGCUCCUAACGAGUUCUUGCUGGAUGAUACGCUUUCCGUUAAUCCGCCGUCUUUCCCAUUGCAAACGUCGCAUCCUAAUUUGAUGGGACUAGAUCCGCUCGCGAUGGAAGGUCCUGAAGGGUUCUCGCCAAGCUUCGACUUUAAUGCCGUGCACGGCAUGAGCUAUCCGCAGAACCAGUCUCAGGCGUCGUCUAUCGGCUCACAGCCUCUGCAUACUCCAUACGCAUCUGUGACUGGCUCUCUCAGCAACACGCCACAUCACUCUUCGAUGGAUCAAGCCGCUGGUCUUUACUUUCCGAGACAAAGCGAAUUCCCCGAUCGUCGAGGCGCUUCGCAGUCCGCAAUGCUCUUGCCCAAUUUCCCAACAGGAGACAGGACACCAUCUCUUUUGCAGCAAAAUCUGAUGGCCUCUCGACAAGGAGGGUCAAGCGAAAUGGCAUACGGCAGUUUAUCUGGUUCGCAUACGCCAUACUACGAAAUGGACCAGCAAGAGUUGUUCACGCCGACGUCUGGUUCAUUUCAGCAAAACAGCUUCUUCUCGAAUAGCUCAUUUUCGCCUCAUCCUGGGUUCCAAGCUGUACCACAGCACAUCAAUCCAGCGCAUAUGAGUGCCAAUGCAACACCAUCUAGCAGCUUUCCAGACACGCAUCGGCCCAUGUUCUCGUUCGCAGAAGAGCUCGAAGACCACAUGGGUGAAGUAAUGGACUUUUCAUCAGGAGACGUGCAAGCAACACAAAUGAAGCAGCAAUUGCAGCAAGACUCGAUGCGUCAGGGAGGAUCCUUCACUGCAUCGCCGUCUACACUUCCUACCUUGGCACCCGCACCGUCCACCUCAGCGAGUUCAGCCAGCGGCAAAUCAAUGGCAGUCAACAGCCGAAAGAACAGUGUGGGCAAAUACCACUCGCGACAAAACUCAGUCACGGAUCGCAGACGCAACUCCUUGCCUCGCAAUAAUAGUGUACCCAAUAGCUUGGGUCAGUUGCAGAUGAGCCAAAUCAGGCCCCAACGGCAGUACUCUGGGUCGACCUCACGACCACCUUCGCCAAAGCCAGAUACCUCGCGGCCGGUGUCAAGAGCGACGUCACCAGGUGGGACAACGACAAUGCAGAGUAAAAAUACCCCGAUUGGAGCGGACGGCAAGUCACCGAGCUGUACAAACUGUCAUACACAGACGACGCCUCUUUGGCGGCGUAAUCCAGAUGGACAGCCACUAUGCAAUGCGUGCGGAUUAUUCUUGAAGUUGCACGGAGUUGUAAGACCCUUGUCCCUCAAAACAGAUGUCAUCAAGAAGCGUAAUCGUGGUGGUACAAGUGUUUCUGGAACAAACAACACGACACCUGCGCAACAGCAAGGCCAAGCUUCCGCCGCGCAGCAAUCACAGGCUCGCGUGUCUGGACGAGGUCGUGGUUCAACGACCAAUUUGCAAGCACUCGCUACACAGCUUGAUCAAGCACCUGCCUCGUCGCCAGGUGGCGCUACUGAAUCGUCUGGCACCACAACACCGCCUGCUGUCAGUAGUCAUUUGACUUCACCUGUGAUUGGAUCUUUCGCAAAUGCAAGUAUGGGCGGUAGAACGGCGCAAAUUCCAAAGAAGGCAAGAGGGAAUGGUGCACUUGUUCAAGGUCCUGCCUCGUUUGACAGUCGUGCGCAUGCGCAACAGCACGGACAACAGCAGCAAAGUGCUAAAGCGACGUCUGAGCAGCAUGCCCUUCUCCAGUCCGGUAAGCCUGCCAACUUUACAGGUACGGCGAGUAUGAACAUUAGCUACAAUGAUGGGCAAGACUGGAACUGGCUGGAAUGAGAGGCGUCGACGUUGAUAUAAAGAGUUCACAUGUCCAUGGCUGUCGAGCAGAAGAGCUGUUCUGAUUUCUGUGCAUGUCUUCCCGUUCCUAUGCAUGGCGAUGAUCAAUUCAACGAGCGAAACUUAAGUAAGCCCUAUAUAUCGAUGGAGAAUCGUAAUGCUUCAUGCAGCUGUUUGAUUGUGAGCGCCAGUCUUCCCUGCUGGUCGCGUUUCCCCGCGCUUCGAAAAUGAAUUUGAGUCAAAAUGCGAAUGCCGCAGCAGCUUCAACCUCAAAAGGAAGUGGAUUGUAAGCUACAAGCGGGCUAGAGUGUGUAAGUGGCCGAUCA